CUCGCUCCCCAGACGCUUUUUACUUCUUCUCCCAUUGAAGUUGAGAGGUUCCAUCAUCCGUCUCAGCGAAACUCCAUCCCUUGCAAUAAUCUGCGACGUUUGGAGCGGCACGAGUUUCAGGUCUAUCACACCAUACCAACCUGGAUUUCUCUCUUCUAGUGCCUGGGACCUUCUCGCUAUCAUUGGACUUUGGUGUCUCUGCAUUCUCGUUUGUCGCCACGGUCCCACCGCUACCUGUUCUGUUCCUUCGCCUUUCCCUCUAUCCUUCACUACUCUUCCCUCGCUUCGUAUCUCCCAUUUUAGCCAUCGCCUUGUAAAGAUGGGACUCUUCUCGCGAAAGAAGAGCAAACCUGCCGCCCUGCCCGACCUAUACAUCGUCGACCCAGGUUAUCAAUCACAACAAAACACCCCCGUCAAGAUAGGCUUUUUUGGCUUGAAAACGCCUCGGACGCCCAAGACACCCAGUACGCCUGCUCCACCAUACGAUAGUGUAUCAUACGGUCGCGGAUAUGCUGCACCCCCCAUUCCUCCCAUUCCUUCUGUGCCGCCAACGGUUCCAUUAUCAAGGCAGUCCUCAGCUCACAACAACACGGCACCCAAAUUCAUCAAGAAGCGACCAUCGCUGCCAUCAAUCGGCCAACCCAAGAACGGCGUCGUCCGGCCACCAUGUCUCUUCCCGCCAUCCGAUUACACCGCACCAGCACAAGUAUGGGCAGCGAGUGUGCAGCGCCUCGCCGAACACGCCGAGUGCCGAAUACGACGGGUCGUGCACUGCUCCGUCCGAUCCAACGCUACCGGCUCGCAGGGUCCCUCGCAUGAGUUCGUUGUGGUCUACAUCCGCCAUCCAUGUGGGGCAGACGCGAUCAUGGUGGCCGAGCGUGGUGGGCAGGACGAGGACGCACACCCGCAGCAGCAAGAUUCCUGGGAUCCACAACGGCGAUCAUCGCAGGAAACCUUGAUCGAGGAACGCCUACGCAUUCCGGUCACGCUUGUUCGUCUUCCGCCCGCCGACCGUGUACGCCUCGCGCCCCUCGGCGACGCGGGGGCACUGCUAUCGCGGUACGCCGGAGGCGUGAACGAGCUCCACACGCUCUCGUUCCCGAAGGAGCGUCUCGCCCCACACGUCGCGCACGUCGCAGCUCUCUUGUGUGCUUUGAAUCUGCACAAUCCAACGACGAACGGCGGGAGCUCGCAGCGCGCCGCAUGGCAUGCGUACACGUUCACCGAAGUGCUCCACACGAUCUUCGGCGGCGACGGCAAGGCGAGCAAGAAGUGGGUCCGCGCGCCGUACGGCGGUCUCCGUGUCGGCAUAGAACAUACCGUCGAGGGCGCGAUAGGGAGUUAUCAGCGCAAGUGGGAGGACUUCAUGAAGAAGCUGGCGCAGCCUUCUGUCAAGGCAAAGGUGGUUGAUGAGAAGGCGCUGCGGAAAGAACAGAAGAAGGCUAAGAAGAAGGAAGAGUGCAACGCGUUUGCUGACAUGUUGCGUACAAUGGAAAACCAGUACUAAUGUUGUCUCAAACGUCUUCCCCCCUUGUUCAUUUUCUGCCUUCUGUGUUCGCCGUGUAUAUCCUGAUACUUCAUGUCUAAACACGCUUACGCUUGCAUCUCACGAUCUUAUCUAUUCGCCACAUGUCUCCAUCGAUUUGUUCUCGCGUUUUAUGUCGAUAUCUUACUUGUUUAUGCGUACACUACUGGGAUUAUAGGUUACAGUCUCCCUACUCAUGUACUUCUAGCUUCCGGUCUUAUUACUGCAGACACACAUCUGCGUCUAUCUAUCACUCGUUUAACAUUUACUGCUCUCCACCACAAUUAAGAGGAUGUAUAGCGUUUGACUGCGGGUUCAGAAGGAUAAAGACGCGCUGAAGGCCC